UGUGGAGUGUGAAAAUGAUGUUGACAGCUACAGCUCUUAAUAAAGGAACAGUGGCUUUCACUUAUCUCCAACUGAGGGACUAUCUGCUGUGUGUACUAUAGCAUUUGUGCAGUAGACAUGGCUGCGACUGAGGAGAUGACCAGCUUCCCAGCAACUACCUGGACAUAUGAUUAUUACGAAUAUGAGUAUUAUGAGUAUGACACUUACUACAUGGAUGAAAAGUGUAACGCCACAGGCCUGAUUCACUUUGGGAAGAUCAGCAGUCCCGUCUUCUUCUCAGCGAUGCUGGUCCUCAGCCUGCUGGGCAACAUCCUGGUCACAGUGAUCCUGCUCAAGUACGAGAACAUCAAAACCCUCACCAACGCCUUCAUCUUCAACCUGGCCGUGUCGGACCUCCUCUUCGCCUCAGCCUUGCCCUUCUGGGCCUACUACCACGUGUUCGGCUGGACUUUAGGGGAGACCGCGUGCAAGGUGGUGAGCUUUGUGUUCGACGUGGGCUUCUACAGCAGCGGCCUGCUCCUCAUCGCCAUGACGGUCCAGCGUUACGCGGCCGUGUUGAACCCUCUCUCAGGAUUGGUGUCCGCCGCGGGUGCCUGCAGUCUGCGAGUCUCCGCGCUCAUUUGGAUUCUUAGCAUCCUGGUUGCCACCCCUGCCUUCAUUUUCUCCAAAGUGGUACACCAAGACGAACAGGGCGAAUGCGUGUACGGGGAUUCCUACGGCAGCCUGUGGAGAAUCUACCAGCAAAACCUUAUUUUUCUCCUCAUCUCGGGCGUGUUCAUCUUUUGCUAUUCUCAAAUCUUGUGCCGACUGCUGCGUCGUUCCUCCCACAGACGCAGAAACAGAACCUUGAAGCUCAUUUUCGCCCUCUUGCUGGUCUUCUUCGUAGGAUGGGCUCCUUACAACGUCACGCUCUUCCUGGGAUCUCUGCACUUUUGGCCAGACACGGCCGUCAACUUCACGACUUUAGCGGAAAGAUGCGCCGGACGCAACUUGCUGGGUUAUGUCUUUCACGUCAGCAGGCUUUUGGCCUUCUCGCACUGCUGCCUCAAUCCCGUCUUCUACGUUCUGGUGGGCUCCAAGUACAAAAGGCACCUGAAGAGAAUGAUGGGGAGUCAUCGCCACAGCAACGUAAGCGGUCGACAGAGCCGCCAUACGAUCACAUCGCUGUCGAGCGGGGAGGUGCUCGUUCUGUAAGUGUACCAAAGUGCAUGGCCGGCUCCAAACUCAGGGUUGUUGUUUUUUGACAAAUUUAUUAUAAAACUUUGAACUAGUGUUUGUCACGAUCUAUGUCCCGCAUCAUGUUUUGUUAUGUUCUGUUAGUUUUGGACUCCAUUAGUUCCUGUUUUUUGUGCAUCCUUGUUUGUUUUUGUUACUGUUUCGUUUUGACCAGAUGUUCCCCCGAGGAAAUUUAAGUUGCUGGUCACCCCCAAGUUCUUUUGAAUACACAUAAGCUGAUUUUAAAUGAAUUCCAGACAGAAUUAGGUAUUUUGACAUUUUACUCCAAAGCUUUGGAGAGACCAAUCUAUGAACAACACAUUCAAAUCGCAUCGCCCAAGUUAUCUAUUGUUUUCCUAAGCUGUAGACAGAAAGAAAUGGGAAGAAAAAUUAUUGCUACUCCUGCAUUCCAAGCUCAAGGUCGUCUACAGUGUACCAUCGGUCAUGAGAUAGGGAAAAGAUAAACAGAGUACACUAGCUAUUUCAAAAUGACUAUGGAGAAAAUAGAUAACUUUUAAAUAUGAUAUAUAUAGAUAUCUCUCUGUCAUUCCCCCUUCAGAUCUUCUCCAAAAGAUCUCUAACAUUACCGUGGUUACUUAUUAUUUCCACCUGCCUCUAAUUCCUGUUUGCCCGCUCACCUGCUGCCGAAGGAGUAAUCAGAGACAUUAUUUCAACCUGCCUUGCCCUCCAGUCAGGGCUGGAGUAUUGUUUGCUGUAUUUUGUGGACUGCCAUUUUUUUUAAUGCUGCGAUAUAUACCCUGGAUCCCGACUCCUGUCCCUGUUUUGUGUUUCCUGGUUUAUGGUUAGUGUUUUCCAUGCUUUUUUUUUUUAAACAUUAAAACCAUGUUUUCUUGUACAAAGCCUGUCAUCUCUGCAUUUUGGGGUUGGUCACCAACACUUCAUGACAGUGUUGACCCGAUACCAAUAUUUCCAUAGUUUUCGGUACUUUUGUAAAUAAAGGGGACCACAAAAAAAUGGCAUUAUUGACUUUAUUUUA